AAGUGUUGUAGAGUUUUUGAACUUUGUUACAACGUAGAACCUCUCUCCCAUCACUUUUAUCACUUCAAAAAGGCCAAAUAAAGGAAACGACUAACAAAAACACGGACGUUUUUAUUUUGCUGUUGAGAAGAACUUGGCUGUUCCGAAGGUAUGUUCCCACGAAACUGAGACGUUAACCCAGGAUCAUAACAACCCCAUGCACGGGAGACGCACCGAUUAGUGAUUGGCCAGACUCUUCCCAUCUGGCUGGGACUGUCCAAUCGCUGGUCAAUCCGCAAAACCAGUUAUGAUCCACGGCACCGAACGCCCAUCACGUUGCGCACAUGCAACUUAUAGAGGUGACCACGCCACACCCAGCUGACCGAAGCGGAGUGCCUGAGCUAGGGAACGGCUUGUAUAACAGCUGUAUCAGUCAGUGGCACCGACAGCAACCAGUUGCGUUAGCAUCGUUUUUUUGUAAUGCCCAGUACGCAAAGGAGGCGGUGCUUACAGCGGCCUCGCAACGCGAUACGGGCCGAGAAAUACUUAAAGAUAGUCGAACACAGUUUAUGAAAACAAGUGUUUUGCAUGCCUAUGUUUCUGUUGUAGUCAGAGCCCCCUUUGGAGGAAUGAGAGGCGAAUGUUCGGGUCUUAAAAUGGGAUUGUUUUUGCACGCUGUUGGCUCUGUCACCCCCACCGAGUCCGCAGCAGCCGACACGAGCCUGCUGCACUGUGAAGGUGUUAACAACCAGAGCUACAUCUGUGAGUCUGGACAUUGCUGUGGGGAAUCUCAGUGCUGCAGUUACUACUAUGAGCUUUGGUGGUUUUGGUUGGUGUGGGCAAUCAUCUUCAUUUUAAGCUGCUGCUGUGUAUGUCAUCAUCGCCGCACCAAACACAGACUACAGCAGCAACAACGGCAGCACGAGAUCAACCUCAUUGCUUACCGUGAAGCACACAACUACCCCUCUGUGCCCUUUUACUUCAGGUUUCUGCCAAACUACCUCCUACCUGAAUAUGAAGAGGUGGUCAACCGGCCGCCGACUCCUCCCCCUCCCUACAGUGCCUUACAGACCAGCCCAUCCUCAGUGGCUUCUAGUCCACUGGCUCCUGAGCAGCAGCAAGGACACUGUACAGCCAUUCAGCCUUCCCCAGUUCCCCCAGUCUCUGAUAGCCUGUGUUGUAGGCCCACCAUAGAGGAACCACAACCUCCCACCUUAGACUUGAGGCCAAAGCCUGACACCAAGUCCGUGCAAACGGCACAAAAUUCAGGCGUGAUACUGCUCUCAGAAGGGCUUAGCAGAGAGGGACUCUCCAACCAGGAAAAACUAAGCGAAAGUGGGGAUGACUCCUGCAAGAACCCCCUGCUGAAGGAUCUCAGCCUGUCAGAUGGUAGUGUUGAGGACAAAGAGCGACUCCCCAGUGGAAGGAGGCGGCGAAUUACAGGUGAUUCUGGGAUUGAGGUGUGUGUGUGUGGCACACGUGGGAGCAGUGGUUGUAGUGGAGCUGGAAGUACAGGCCAGGAAAGCAAGGAGUUAAGGGAGCUAGAGAGCCUUCUGGGGCAUGAGAAAGCUGACGAGGAAGAGGAGGAAGCAGGUGAAUUCUGUGACAGCUGCAGCCAUCAGGCCUCCUUCUGUGUGGAGGAGGAGCAGGCUCUUGGGGAAGUUGAUAGGCGGCCUGGAUGUGGGCCAACAGGAAGUCCCCAGCCUGCUCACCAGAUAAGUAGUGGCUCCCUAAACCCUCCUUUGUGCCUCCUCCUCCACACCAUCAAUGAGCAGGAAGGACCAGCACACAGCACCAGCACUGAGCCACAGGGCUGAAGCACAGUUAACACACCUUUGUCACGAGGGAAGGAGAGCACUACACUGUUUUUGUACUUCAGGAAGUGUUUGCUUUCUAAGUCUUUUUUAUGAAUGUGUGCAUCUUAGAUAAAACAAAUGAGAAGUGAGGGAGCAGCAAGUAGGAUCUCUGCUAAAAAUUGUCUGAGAUCCAGAGGUUGAAAAAGCACGCUCCUGUGUGGAACAGUGGCCUUAACCUGUGUAUUUUGGGUUAUAUUUGGUCUGUAAGGCCCUUUAAUAUCCUGUGGCAAUUGGGACUUCAGACUACGCACACAGAGUCCUUCAUUUGCCCUUCUCGUACAACAAAAGCUACUGAUACAUAUGAUGGCUGAAGUUGUGCUGUCAGAACAGGACGUUCACUGCCUAGGAUGAAUGUAGCUCUCUUUGCCAGGUGCUUGCAACAAUUCUGCAAAGCUAUUUGUUCUCUGCAGGUAGUGAACUAUGUAAUAAAACAACACACAGCAGAAACAUUUUUGGACAAGUAUGAUGUGGAUUUACCCAAAGUAUGUGUUUAUGUAAGCUGAUAUUGUACAGGGAUGUCAGAACAAGACUUUGUGGGAUGUCCUGUUAGACUCAUGUUUCUAAAGUGCUUUUUCAGCAGUUCAAAACCAUGCUGCCUUUUGUCUGUUUUUGUUGCUACGUAAGUCUCACUAGUGAUAGGGAAGUGUUAGUGCAUUAACAAAUCUUCAUGAGAACAGUUCCUCUUUUGCACAAAUGGUAUUUAUCUUGCAGAUGCUACGGUUGUUUAAAUCUAGUCUUAAAUUAGCAGUAGAUAAUUACCUUCUUACCGUUUUGUUGUAAUGUGUGAGAAAUGGACCUCUGAAAUGUUAGUAAGGAAUGCAGCAGAUUUGUUUUGUAUACAAUCAUUUUUAAAAUUGAUUUGUUGAAUGUUUGUAGUAUGUGCCUACCCCCUUAAAAAUGCAGAAAUUUGAUGGACAAUGCUAGGCUUCCAUUAUGUUGAGAGACCCAGAGAAAGCAGGUACCAAAAACAUGAACUGAAUGUUAAGCUUCAUAGAGAUUACACGUGAGACGGGCAACAUCACACCUCACAUUUUAAAGUCACUUUAAUGAAUUAUCACCUUCACCAGCUUUACAGUGAAAAAACAACAUAACUUUUAACACUAUUUGUAUAGAAUUUUUAUAUCACCGCAGUUUUGACAUUAUUCAGCUUUGCUAUUCAUACAUGAAACAUUUAACGUCUCAUUGAAGGCACAUUAAGGCUAAUUUUAGUCAACUGGAAAAGUGACUUCUUUUUUUUUUUUUUUUUUUUAAACCAGGGUUUAUAUUUCCAGUCAUCUGCAUUUGUACUGUUCAAUCAAGAAAGGAAAUGUUACUUUUAAUGUAUAUAUGUUUUCUUCAUUUAGACAUUCAUCCCGUAUAAGUUUGUAUUAAAAUGAGGAUUUAAUAAAGGCUAUGGUUAUGAAGCAAGGAGUUUGCACACAAAUUACUUUUAACAUAAGUAUUUAACCCAACAGAGCAGUUUGAACCUGCCUUUCUCUGUUUGCAUGUUCUUUCUGAGCUUGUGUGGUUUUCGUCAUGGUGCUUCAAUUUCCAUCUUUGGUAAAUUUACAUUUCUAUCCCUAAGUUUGAGUUUGAAUGGAGACAUGUCCAGGAUGUACAUAAUGUCUGAUAUGGCAGGCUCCAGUAACCUUGUAACUGUAGUUGGAUAAGCAGUCAAAAAAAUAUAUACAUGUACAUAUUAGUGGGAAGAUUAGAGAUUAGUUUCUUAUUAGACAUGAGCAUAAGGUAAUGAAAUAAGUCAUUGGCUGUUAUGGAUACCAGAGUAUCUUAAAAAUAAGCGGUUGCACAACAGGAUCUCUAUGAGACUAUUAUGGUACAGCAUGGUACAAUAUGUAUAAUGCUGCACUGCUGUUACAAAACAAAGACAAUGUGGUAGAGGAAAAGAAUAUAGUUGUCAGUUCCCGUUAUUUUAGGAGUUUGAAUGCUGACAAUCUAGCCUCCUGAGCUUCUAGUGGUAUGCCAUAGAUGAUAAACACAAAUAAAAGAUGCCUUGUGAAACCUCCACAAAGAAAUCUAUGUCUAAUCUCUUUAAGUAGCCACAACUGAUGAGACUACACCAUUAUGCCAUGCAAUUAAUCUACUUGGAGUACCUGAAAAGAUGCACAAAUUGCAAUUCUGCAAAGCACAAAUGUUUCAGCCGUUAGUUUUACGGCUCGAGGAGAAAAUGGUUUCCCAGAAUUUCCAGCACAAAAGGAAAGUAACUUUCUGCAUAAACAGUUAAGCUGAUUGACUUUUGCCCAUCAAAGCCUAAACAAACUCGAAAGUGCUUUAUCCGUUAAUGCUUUCCGCAAGCUAGAAGAUGUCAUUGUGUAAUUGUGGUACAUGUCGUCAAAAGAUGAGCUAUUUUUCAUAUUGUUUGAUUCUUUGAAAAAAAAUAACGGAACUGUAUAAAAUCUCAAAACCACUUUAUAUUACAAAUCAUGUACAACAUUCUGUAACAUGUUCAUGAACCAAAUAGUUGCUUUAAUCAUUUUUAUGAAAUCAUUAGCUUUAUCAUUAUGGACAGAUUCUUUUUUUUCUUUUUUCUUCUUCUUGUGGGUAUUAUUGUUUUUUUGUUGAGAAAGACUUAAGUUCUUCUGAGACUUAAACUGAAGUUGUGUGAAGGGUACGUUUAACUAACAGUACAGUAGGUAAUUUGUUAACAAGAUCAGGGGCAUCUCGCCAAAGACAUUUUUCUUUCUUCAUAAGUGUGUGUGGUUUUGCACUUCUUGACAUAAGCCAUUUAUUAUGACAACUAAGAUGGAUGUAUGUUCAAUAAAAAUGCUUAAUUGUAGUCAA